UGGACUUCUCUUUGCAGAAUGCUAUUAGUCUCAGUUGGCCCGUUUUGUAUUAUGAAAGAGUUUGAUUUGGUAGGAUAAUCAUAUUGUGUCGCGCUCAUUUCCGUUUCUGCAUUCAUACUAGUACAGGAAGAUAAUGUAACGUCUUGGUAUGUAAGGAGUUGUGCUCGCUUACCGUUUCUGUAUCCUCUAGGAUGCUUACAGACCCUGGGCAUAAUCGACAACCUGUCCACCAGACACGGGAAUAUGUGGGGUUUGCAAUGCAUUUACGGAUCCGUACUCAUGUGCAUGUGAUGAUCUCUAUCAGACUCUCCUAUUAACCGCGACGCAAUGGGCCGGCGCGAUUGAGGCAAGGGUGCGGCGUGAUGGAGGCAAGAGCGUAGCCCGGAUUCUUAAUGGGCCACUUUCUUUCAUGGCUCGCACUGAAUACUAAUGUCUUUUCGAGAAGUCUCUUGCAUAUUGUUGACAGAUAAGUAAGUCAUUAGCGAAGGACACCAUGGGCUCUGUUACUCCUCUCGAAAUUCCUCCUUUGACACCACUGGAGAGAGUUGGACCUAAAGGCUAUCUGCAAUAUGUUUUCCCCUUCGAACUUCCAGAAAAUUACGAGCUGGAGGAAAUUGCACAAAUCCUGAAGGAAGGAUACAAUGCUGCGAGUCAGCAAUUGCCUGUUCUUGCGUGCGAAGCUGUACCGGAUCCCACUCACAAGCAAGCCGGUGUAAUGAAAUUACAGGAGAUCAGUGACAGCGAGGUUGAGGCUAUUGUUGUCAAAGAUCUUCGAGCACCUGGAGCAUUUCCCAUGAGUUAUGCGGAAUUAAAAGCGAAGUCAUUCCCUGUUUCAGCCUUCGAGACUGACGUUGUGAUGCGACGGACUGUUUGGGCUUCCCCAGGCGAUCGUCUUCGCGUAUCCCAGGUCCAGGCAAACUUUAUUCAAGGCGGAGUCGUUCUCGGAUGGUCCAUCCUUCACAUGUUUGGCGACGGGACAACGUUUCAAGUAUGGACACAAGUUUGGGCUGAAGAGUGCCGCCGCGCUCAAGGCUUGGCUAUCGAAAAGCCUAUCAAACUGCCUGAGGCCAUUUUUAAGGACCGAGAGCGAGUUAUGAAGCCCUCCGGCGAGAGCACUGGACUUCUGGAAAAUCAUCCAGAGUACACGCUGAUUCCCUUCACCCCUCAAGGAGCGCCCCCCAAGAUGCUUGCGAAAAACCAUCGUGGACAGGUCUUCUACUUUUCCCGACAAGCACUCAUAGAUUUGAAGGAAGAAGCAUCGCCCACCAAGGCAACGCAGCCUUCGGAUCAAUCCUGGAUUUCUACAAACGACGCCCUUUCCGCGUUACUUUGGCGAACUGUCAUGUCUGUGCAAUAUCCCAUUGACACACUUGAGGGUGAUCCGACGUCCGUGUUCAAUAUUGCCAUCGACGGUCGACUAAGAACCAGCCCUCCCAUUCACCCCCAAACACUUGGCUGUUUCUUGGAGUAUGUCGCUGUGGCAGCAAACAUUCGCAAGAUGUUGACCAGCUAUUCGCUUGCUGAUAUUGCAAUCAGAGUCCGUGAAGCGGUCGGGCGUGCGAAGGAGGGUUUCACCGAUGACGUGAUAACAUUGAUUGACAAACAUGUUGAGGAUGUCGACAGACUUGUGCCGACGGCUUUCUUGGACGUACCAGGCUUCAACUGUGUUCAGACGUCAUGGAUCAACUUCGCUUUGUACGACAUAGAAUGGGGUCAGCUGGGGAAAAUUCAAGCUGUGCGCUCGCCAAGCGUUGGUGUUAUCAAUGGUUUGCAAGUUAUUUUCCCCGUGCUUCCGGAUGGUGGUCUUGAGGUCCUCGUCGGUGUUGAAGAUAGCUGCAUUGAUAGAUUACUACAUGAGCCCUUGUGGAACAAGUUCGCAAAGGCACGAUGAGUGUGGUCUCGCC